CCCAGGCGUCCUAUCACCACUCCUGGCCAGGGAGGGACUCGCAGUCUAAGUGGCUGGAUCGAGCACGCAAGGGCCUCGCCACUUUGACUGGUGUUUUGCUUGCCUACAAUCUGACCGUUGGCCGCUGAUAGUAUUGUUGCCCGCUAGCCUAGCCCAGCCUAUCCAAGGAAAAGAGAAGCAAUGGCGGCGACUGUUGGGUCAAGAUUUCUCGCGCCCUGGGUGGGGGACCAAAACCCUCCUCCGUCACCACUUGCUUCGAACCCGGUCGUCUUCCGUCGGUAUAGCACGGGUAUCGAGUUACUAGAAAACAAUAACACCAAAAAGAACAGGAGGUCGUCCGUCAUCGACCCAGCUAUGGCGUUGAGGAACCUGAAGAACUCUUAUAUCAGCAAAGUCCAUGGCGGUGGAGGAGGUGGCGGCGGCGACGAUGAUGACGAAGUCGAGGACGAGCGGUCUCGCAUUGGCACGAAGCGUUACAGCCGGGAUGACACCACGACCUUGGCGGAAUUUUUGAAAACCCACGAACCGCCAUCCACCAGCUUCAUGUCAGUCCCCUUCGGUCACGCAGACGACAAGGACCAUGAAUCAAAAUGGUCGAAAUUCAAGGUCUUGAAGAAGAGGAGCAAAUCCGUGCCCAGGCCUCCCCAGAACAUCCAGCUACCAGACUCGGCAGUGUCAGGCUUGACAAUCGGUGGGCACAGACACAUUGCCAUUUCAAUUCCUCUCGAGGCCAUGCCUUUCAGUUCCGAAUCCAACGCGACACCGCAAAGCCCUGCCAAUGCGGGCAGCCAAGCGAGCAAUGAAAAGGCCGGGGGACCAAGGAAUGAGCAUGGAACUGCCCCGCGAAACUAUGUCGUCCAGACAUACUCACAGGAGAACGGAACCGUCACUGUUCUCCCCGCUGCGACGAACGAGGCGCGCGUGAUGCCCAAAGCUCCUCCGUCGCAUCGCUUCAGCCUCUUCCCCCCGCAGUCAACAUCCAUGGCACCAAUGUCUCCAACAAGCCUGUCGCAAAGGAGCAGCCUCCCUCCAUCCACCACGGUGAGCCCUAACAGGUCCAGCUUCCAGCCCACGGAAAUGCCUACAGACGAAUCAACGGGGUCCAGCGUCGGGAGCAAAAGGGAUAGCAAACACUCAGCCUAUUUUUCCGUAUCCCCAAAGCGAGCCGAUCCACCAACACACAUUGCCUUGUAUGCGCAAGGAACGGCCGCUUGGGGUCCGGGGGCGGCUCAAGAGGCUCCAAAAAGCCCGGCCAGGACGAACCACCAACAACGUGCAGCAAAGACGUCGAGCAUGGUCGUUACUACCACCAGCCCGAAGCACCUUCAUCCCGCGCACUCGCCGUCGAUUGACGGCCUGUUGAGCGUGGCCAAGGGCGCCGAAUCCGCUCGGGAUGGCUACAAUAAAAAGCCCCUGCCAAAACCGCCAGCAGUGAGCGACCCCCGGGCUAAGCAGAAGCAAAACCGAAAAUCAGGCGUCGGAUAUCCUUCCCCCAUUACUGAGGAGCUCAACGAUGGAUUCGCGGGAAGCCACAGACGUAGUGUUCGCCGAGCUGUAUCCUCUCAGUCAAUGCUAGCAGCUGGCCAAGAGAUGCCCUCUCGCCCAUCGACAGCAGGCUCAAUACAGAACCGCCGCGACAAAGUCCGGGACAAGAAAAGGAGAGACAUGGAAGCCGCAAAAGCAUUGAAGGAGCUGCAGCGACGGCAGUCUGUGGACCAACAGAACCAACACCAAGGCGGAGAGCAGGGUCAUGAUGCAGGCGUGAAUGUGCAAGAGGAAAACAGGCGCCCCCGAAUGUCGUCUAUCAAUACCCUUUGUCCUGUCGUCGUUGUGGUAGACCUUCAGCCCUCACCGGGAUUGCCAGAUGACAGGAGCGCAAAGAAAGCCUCGCCUCCGACCUCUCCCUUGCCGCCCUUGCCGUCACCUUUACCGGACACGAAGAAAUCGCGAAUCUCUCGUGAUAUCGACAGCGAGCUGUAUCUACAGCAAAAGCGUAAUAUGAUGGACGAGCAAAUCCUACGACUCUACGACUCUUACCACGAGAACCGCCUGCGAGAUGUGGAACGCCGCAUUCGGCGGCUGGAGCGCAAUGGCGACGUAUGGUUGCGGGCUCUGGUCCCCGUGCUCGACGACAUGAGCCGCAAUCUCAAGUCAAUUCAACCAUCCAGCCGGAUCACGAGAGACGCGGAUGCGAAUGGUGAUGGCCGAGGCUGGGCUUCAGAUGACGAGGUGACCGGAGCGAGCGCGGAGCGUAAAGCUCGCAGCAUCAAACGGGCCAAGACGCCUACGAGGAGAGCCAGCCUGUCUCGAGGCCGGAUCAUGGCGGGACUCAUUGGGAGGAGACUGGCGUCCGACGACAGCGGAAGCGACUCGAUGAGUAGAAGCGAUGAGAUGGGCGGCCUCGGCAUCAUUGAGCCCCUGAUGAGAGAGCUGGCCAGCGAGGCGAGACGGAGACAGCAGCAACUCGCCGAGAGAACAGCGGAUGACUGGCGUCACAACACCGUAUAA